CAAAGUGACCGAAACAGAAACAACAACAACAACAACAACAGAGAAUAAGGCAGAAAUCAGACAACAUCCGUGAUUGGGAAUUGUCAACUCUUAACGUCAGAACUAGCAUGCUAUCUGUAGCCCGUCUUCACGAACGGCGAGAGGCGUUGCCGCAGUACGCGUUAUAACUGUUUGACAUAUGGCUAAACACGAACUGUGUUUCUACUACUACAAACCGUGGAGGGAGGAAAGUGCCUCGGCGGUGAGCGUUGUUUGGUUAGCCCGAAUAGCUAGCUAGCUAGCAUGCUAAAGGAGAACCGCAUCACUGGCUCUCAGUUGUAAGCAAAUCCGCCUCGCGAAAAGAGUUAUCCCUGCUGCAGGAUGAGGUAUGGAGGCUCACGGUGUCACCCCGGUGGUCCUGCUGGCCUGCGGCUCCUUCAACCCCGUCACCAACAUGCACCUGCGGAUGUUUGAACUGGCUCGAGAUCAUCUGGAAGACACAGGUCAGUACCGGGUGGUGAAGGGCAUCAUCUCUCCAGUGGGUGAUGGCUAUAAGAAGAAGGGUUUGAUUGAGGCCUGCCACCGUCUGGAGAUGGCCAGGUUGGCCACAGAGAGCUCAGCCUGGAUAGCAGUGGAUUCCUGGGAGAGCUUGCAGCCCGAGUGGGUGGAGACAGCUAAAGUUGUUCGGCAUCACUUUGAGAAACUCACGGCAGAGCAGGAAAGCUUUGAUGACACUGACACAGUCAAAUACACCAAAAAGAGACGCAUCGAGGAGAAUUGUUUUGAAGCAUCAUCUCAUCAGAAAAGGAGAGACGGCCCACAGCUGUUGUUGCUGUGUGGUGCUGAUGUCCUGGAGUCCUUCGGGAUCCCUAAUCUGUGGAAGCAGGAGGAUAUCGCUGAGAUCGUGGGCCGCUACGGUUUGGUUUGCAUCACUCGCAGCAGCAACGACCCGCACAAGUUCAUCCACCAAUCAGACAUGCUGUGGAAGUAUCGCAGAAACAUCCACGUGGUCCACGAGUGGGUGACCAACGACAUUUCGGCCACACAUGUGCGCCGGGCGCUUCGCCGAGGUCGGAGCGUCAGGUACCUGCUGUCAGACGCCGUGGUCCGCUACAUUCAGCAGUACGACCUCUACAGUGUCGAGAGCGAGCAGAAAAAUGCCAACGUGGUCCUGGCACCUCUUCAGAGAUACACGGGUGCCUCGAAGGAAGUUACUGCUGCAGCUGCAACACCAGACGCAUGAGCUGAGGGCUGUGUGUUCACUGUGAAUUUAAAACAUAUCAGUUUAUUUAUGCAUCCACCUGUGCCUACUCUAUAGAAUAGACUAUUCUAAUGGUGCGUGUGUGUGUGUAGAGAAUGAGCUAGGAGUCGACCGAUAUGGCUUUUUCAGGGCCCUUACUGAUAUCAAUAAUUACUAAUCUAAGAGGCCGAUAACCAAUAUUUGAAACUGACAUUUGUCUGCAAUAUAAAUGUCAGAAGGCGUCCAAAUGUGGAAUAAUGCAAACUUUUAAGACAUAACUUUGUGAGAUAGCUUAAACCAUAUGUUUUAAUUCACAGAACAUUUCAACAUGACCGUAACACAAAAACUGCAGGGAGCAUUUUUUUGAUAUAUAUUUAUUGAAUUAGGACAAGAACAAAACUUUUUUACUUGCUUCAUUACACUAUUAGUUAAGAGCAGGCAAUAAUCUUUGUGCUGGAGAUCACUGGAUAUGAAAUAAACAUCCCUCUUUGUUUUCUACCUUUCAGGCCUUUCUUUCCUUUUACAAUGCUAUUGUCACACAGAUAAGUCAUUCCAAACAUCCUCAGUUGAGGAAGUGCCAAGUUGACACCUUUUGGUGUUUUGAUUAGAACGCUUCCCAUCAGGGCAGUUACGUUAACUUUCUGGUAAUCAUCACUGACGUAAGAUAGCAGCUGAAUUUGCAAAUUGGAACAAGCUAAAGAUUCACUUUGUUUGUGGAAAUGAAAGAAUAACUGAUUAAAUCACAUUACUAUCAGA